CUCGCAAAUUCACGAUCGCUUUCCUUUCCCGUAACUCAGAUUCUCUCAAUUUCUUUCUCUCUUCACAUCGACUCAAUUGUUCAUUAAAAUCUCAGUUUUCAAAUAACAAUCAAAAUCUACAAAUGAAGGACGAUGAAUCGAUACCGGUAUCUACACCGACGACGGCGUAUUCAUCGUUGAAUACAAAUUCAAUACAUUCGAAAUCAUUAUAUGAUGCUACAUUGUUCGGAAGAGGUCGGUACAAGUUUUGGGCAUUGGCUGCUAUUCUUUUGUUAGCAUUUUGGUCAAUGUUUACAGGUACUGUUUCACUCCGAUGGUCUGCCGGAAACCUUAAUAGUCUCUCCGAUCUCUUCGAUAUUCCGAAAUCAGAUGAUCUCGACGUCCUCGAAAUGGAAGACAGGGAGAAGUUGGUGAAUCAUAUGUGGGAUGUGUAUACUAAUAGUCCUCGGAUCAGGCUGCUUAAGUUUUGGCAGGAGGCGUUUGAGGCGGCCUAUGAGGAGUUAAACAGUGACGUUGCUGAAGUUCGAGAGGCUGCUAUAUCCGAGAUAUCUAAGAUGUCUAUCCGAUUUGUUCAUAUUGAUCUGCCACCUUUGCGUUCGAUGGCAGUAAGAAAAUUAAGUCAAAAACAAGCUGAGAGCAAACAGAGGACCGCAACGGGAAGUAAGUUAUGACUAGAAGAACAUCAAGGGUCCAAAUUUGCACGGUUGCCACUUAUUUAUACAAGACAAAUGAAAACGUACACAAACCUGCUCCCUGGUAUUUGACUAAAGGUGUAUCUGGGUAAAGAUUACGCGAAUUUUUGCAAUAGGGAUAAACAUUUCUAAUGUUUUGUUACCUGUACCUCUUUUUUUCCUUUCGAUUUCCAUCUCUCCAGACUCCAUUGAAAAAUCAUAUGAGUGCAGAGUUCAAGAAAAUCAUUACUUAAUUGCUUCAUGCUAAGAGAUCGGAAAUUACACUAGAAGACCCUUACUGAUUUUCUUGUAUUACAGUUGAGAUACCAAUUAUACAAAGUUGCACGGGAAUAGAAAGAUUAUAUU